AUGCUUGUCAACACGGCGGCGCUCGCCGGCGUCUUGGCCCUUGUAGAGUGUGCCUCGGCCUCGGCCCUCAAGAAACGCCAGGUCCUCAAGGAUGAAAACGUCGCGGCUCGCCUUGCCGGAGGCGCCAACAUCGGCGACCAGUGCCACCCGCCGGGCACCUACUCGCUCGGAGGCGACAAAGUCGUUCCCCCCUGUCUGUCAGAGCAGGCCAUUGCCCUCAAGUGCGAAAUCGUGACGCAGCUCAAGAAGAACACCACCUCCGAGGCCAACUUGAAGGCGUAUGGCAGCUGUCUCAAAGACCAAGGCAGCUCCUACUUCAAAGACGUCAACGGCUGCCUGGCCUGCAAAGCCGCCCACAACCACAUGUCCCAGGCGCAGUUUGAAUGGUACUCGCAGGCGUGGGCCGACGGCCAAAAGGCCUUUCUCAACGACGCCGUGCCCAAGGCAACGGCGUGGGAGUACGUCCUGGGCGCCAUCAACAACACCACGUGCCAGAAGAACGGCACAAACGAGAAGCUUACCGCCUGGGACUGCUGGAACCAGCUCCCCGCGGGCACGGGCGUCGCCACCAAGAACCUCACCAUUGAGGAGUACUACAAGGACCGCCCCAAGACGCAGAACAUUGGGAGCUUCGAGUUUGGCGGCAAGUCGUUUCCCGAGUCGUCCUCGGUAGAGCUGGGCCUGCUGGUGCCCACGUUCGAGAUCAAGGCUGACAUCGGCUACUUCUGCUCCGUCAAGCUGGAAAACGGCACAAUCACCGGGAGCGUCAACGCCACCGCCAAGGUUGAGAUCCUGACGCAGUACCAGGAGAUCACGUCCAUCUUCAACUUCACCAAGCCCGACGAGUUCACCGUGCUGCCCGUCAUUAACGCGCCCGUGCCCGUCAAGGACUCGGUCACGACGGUCUCCAAGGACGAGGCGGCCGUCCUCCCUGCCGUCGUGUGCAACGCCGAUUGCCGCGACAAGGCGACUACCAUUGACAAGAUCCAGGAGGCUGCUGCCCAGGGACCCAAGGAGGCUGACAAGGCUGUGGUUGAGGCCUCCAAGCCUGCCCUGCAGGACUUGAAGGAGAACAAGCCCCUGAGCGUCACGCACAAGGUGCAGAUUAUCACGGAGAUCAAGACGGAAAUCAAGGCCCCUGUCAACUUUCAGGGCCAGGGUCAGGCUCCUCCUCUGCAGAAUGGUCCUGGAGGUUCGAAUCCCAAUGGCAUUGAGGCCCCUGGCCAGCAGGGACAGGAGCCUGCCAAGCAGCAGGGCCCUGGACCUUCAGACUCCAAGGGCCCCAAAAGUCCAAUCCUGAACGGCCCUGAGCCUCCUAAGCAGACUGGCUCUGCGCCUGCCAGCCAGAAGGGCCCCGAGGAUGACAAGUGCGAGGAAGACAGUGAGGCUCCUGCAGCUCCUCCUGUCGGCGGAGCCGACAAGGGGGCGUCCAAGGAGAAGGCCAAGGAAAAGCCCAAGGAGACAACCAAGGAGACGGCCAAUGCCACUUGCGAGCAGGGUGAUCCUGCGAAGGCUAGUGUCAAGGUCACUAUCUGCCAGAUGCCCGGUGAGAGGGACUGCAAGACGUACUACCAGUAG